AUGGCAGACAUUGGGCGUCGUAACGGAUAUGCAAAUAGUGUACUACCAAAUAGGCACCCUGCUGCAAUAUCUGAAGUAGAUGAAUUCUGCAAUGCCCUUGGCGGAAACAAGCCAAUUCAUAGCAUUUUAAUUGCAAACAAUGGAAUGGCAGCAGUGAAAUUUAUACGUAGUGUUAGGAGCUGGGCCUAUGAGACAUUUGGCACAGAGAAAGCCAUCUUGUUGGUUGCCAUGGCUACUCCAGAGGACAUGAGAAUCAAUGCAGAACAUAUCAGAAUAGCUGAUCAAUUUGUGGAAGUACCCGGUGGGACCAAUAACAAUAACUAUGCCAAUGUGCAGCUUAUUCUUGAGAUGGCUGAGAUAACUCAUGUAGAUGCAGUGUGGCCUGGUUGGGGUCAUGCUUCAGAAAACCCCGAGCUUCCAGAUGCAUUAAAAGCAAAAGGAAUUGUAUUUCUUGGACCUCCUGCCAUUUCUAUGGCUGCAUUGGGAGAUAAAAUUGGUUCAUCCUUGAUUGCUCAAGCAGCGGAAGUGCCAACCCUUCCAUGGAGUGGUUCUCAUGUGAAAAUUCCUCCUGACAGUUCCUUGAUUACUAUUCCUGAAGAAAUUUAUCGGGAAGCUUGUGUGCACACAACAGAGGAAGCAGUAGCGAGUUGUCAAGUUGUUGGAUACCCGGCAAUGAUCAAGGCAUCUUGGGGUGGUGGUGGUAAAGGCAUAAGAAAGGUUCAUAAUGAUGAUGAGGUAAGGGCAUUGUUCAAGCAAGUUCAAGGUGAAGUUCCGGGUUCACCUAUAUUUAUAAUGAAAGUUGCAUCCCAGAGUCGACAUCUAGAAGUCCAGUUACUCUGUGAUCAGUAUGGAAAUGUUGCAGCUUUACAUAGCCGUGAUUGCAGUGUUCAAAGGAGGCACCAAAAGGUACACAAACCUUUUGUUGCCCACUAA